AUCAAACACAAGAAGAUGACGCGAAAGAGAACAGACCGGAACAGCACACUAAAGGACAGAAACGCGUGCCCUGUGAUUGUGGCGGAGAGUAUUAGUGACUACCGUUCAUGCAUAGCAUCACACGUGCGACCAGAGGAUUACGUCAUCGAAAUAGGGUGUGCCAGUGGUGUCACUACAUCCCGACUGGCCAACCACUGUAAGUUGGCAGUGGGAAUUGACAAGAGCAAAGCCCAGCUGAAAGCAGCCAGGGAGCGAGCCUCAGACGUGCGCUUCGAAGACAUAGCAGCGGAUGAUAUCCCGGCGCUACUGAAAUUGCAG